AUGGCGUCCCAGUCUGUUUCCUUCGGGCUCUGGACCAAUAUCAUGGCGACCAUCACCCUGGCGGUCGUCACCCUCGUACACAUCUUCAACAUCUGGGCCAAGCUCAAGGACAUGCAGUUGGCCAAGGAAGCCAAAGACAAGCAGUCUAGCGCCCAGACUGACAUCGAAGAGCUGCAGGUCAAAGUCGGGGGGCUGGAGGAGAAAGUCGGAGCCCUGGAGGUGGUCGAGGCUGAUCUCCAGAAUCGCUGCGGAGUGAUGGAGAUCACUCUCAGCACCGCAUGCUCCGCCGAUGAUGCCCUGAGCCGCGCCCAGGCCGCCCUCACCUGCGCCAACACUGCCUUGGGCCGCGCCAAUGAUGCCCUGGACCGCGGCGACAAUGCCCUUCAUCACAAGGAGGCUGACCUCACCCGCGCUGAGGCUACCUUGAGCCGCGCCGAUGGUCUCCUCGCCCUCAUCCUUGAAGUCGACAAGUCAGGAAAUGAGUCCAAGGCCGCCACCGACAAGCUCCUCGAGGCCAUGCAGACGGAGAUCACGCUUCUCCGGACUCAGUUUGAGACCCUGAAGCCUUGCAACUGCAAGCAGACCGAUUCUGGGGCCAACAAGGCCAACGACACCGUUGAGCAGGCCGUCCCUGCCCGUGAAGUGGCUAGAUCUGGGGCCAGAGCUGCGGCGGAGAGACACCAUAGACGCCGCCAUACUUCCCAGAUUCCCUCCACGGAGCGACCCGCCUGGAAGCCCUACUUUACCAAGGGAAACUGA